AUGGUCACCUGCACACAGAUCCCCGUCACCAUGCCCUCGGACGGCAGCACCCUCCCCAACAGCACCAUCCACGCCAUCAUCGGUGCCAUUCUCCCGCUCGAAUGGCCCUCGGUCGACCCUUGCGCCCUCCUCGUCACGCACCACACCGGCUACGCCAACACCAACUGCGUCGUCGCCCGCCCCUCUCCGCUUAGCAUUACCCCCAAAGAGCCUCUCCAAGUCUUUCUCAAGAUCAACGGCGAGCUCGAUGGCGAAAUCGCCGUGUUCAAACACCUCGUCCCUGACAAGCACGAGGAGGCGCAGCUCUGCCACGACUACGGCCAGAGCGGCCGCGGGGCGAAAAUGUACGGCUUCUUCCAGACAAGCGACGGCGCGUACGGACGCGUCGACGAGUUUCUAGACGCAAGGACGCUGACGCCCAAGGAUGUGGAGGACGAGGCAACGAGGGCGGACGUGGCGAGGGCGCAGGCGGCGUUUCACGCGCUAAAGACAAGGCGGGAGCGGAAGCCGGUGGCGGAGUACUACGACGCGCUGACGGGGGAGCUGGCGCGGUAUCGGGGCAUGGAGAAGCUGAAGAGGGUCGGGCAGGGCGCGGGGGUGCCUGUCGACGAUGUGGUCGACUACGACUUUGUGUCGAGGAUCGGACGCAUCGUGGCGCGGCUGGAGGGCAUGCGCGCCAGGAAGGCGUGGUGCAUCCACGACGUGCAGUACAUGAACACCAUGCUCCGGACCUCGACCGACGCCCUUGCGCCGUCGCCGCGGCGCGUCGUGCUCAUCGACUUUGAGUUUGUGCUUCAGAACUACCGCGGCGUGGACAUUGGCGGGCAUUUCCUGCACAAGCUCUUCCAGUGGUUCGACGCCUCGUCCAAGCUCACGGGCGCGCGGCCGUACUCGGCCGAGGAGAGGGCGCAUUACUGCAGGGUGUAUGCGGAGCAGUGGAAUGCAGAGACGGGGGACGGGGACGGGGGAGAAGAGGUCGGGAAGGAGGCGGAGCUGGGGUACAUGCUGGCGAUUGCGUUCGAGGUGCACAAUAUGAUGAAUUACAUGGAGGGGGAGGGGGAGGGGGAGGAGGAUGGCAUGGAGAUGGAGGCGCUGAGGAUGCUGUUUGGGGAGUUUGUGAGGCAGUAUGAGAGACUUGGUCUCGAGGAAUAG